ACCAGGGAGGACGUGCUGUUCCCGUUUUAAACCGUUCCGUUUGCGGAAGUUCAUCGGUCCCUCAAGGGAUUAAGUGUGGCGUCUUUACAAAAGUGAACCGUUUUAUUCGUUUUGUGUUAGUUUACAAUGAAAUACUUUUUACUGGCGUUGAGCUGCCUGCUGGCAAUUGCGACUGCUACAAACCCACCGAAAUGGCCCGACAUCUACUCGGUCAGCGGUGUCCUGAAUAUUCCGUAUGCCGAAAUUAGCGAGCCAUUCUACGCCUGGUACGAUAAAGCGAAUGGCCGAUCGCGUAUCGACUACUAUGGUGGCAUGGUGAAGACCUAUCAGCUGACGAAGCAGGGUAGCUACGGCGUGAGCCUGAAGCUGGCCCCGGUCACGACGCAAACGCAGUCGAACAAAGAAACCUGCCUUCAGGUCAACGGAUCGGCCGAUAAUGCUAUUGCUGUGCAGGGCAUUCUACCAUACGCCAAGGACUUUAAACUUGUCGGCACGGAAGAAUGCGACGGUUAUCAGUGUGAUAAGUUCAGCUUGAUUGAGGUCAUCGGCCAGAAGCGUAAUGUUUACAACCUGUGGGUACGGUAUGUAAAGUCCCCGAAGUAUCCGGCAUCGCGCAUGCCAAUUCCGGUGCGCUACGACAUGCAGGGCUACAACACGCUGCUGGGAUCGCACUACGAUCAUUACUACAUCGAGUACGACUCGUACGAUCACCAGGACAUCCCGGAGGACGUGUUUGAGGUUAAGCUAAGUGAUCCUUGCGUUGGCUUCCCCGGACCGGGUAACGGGCACUAUGCUACGUUCAACCCGAUGCAAGAAUUUAUUCACCCACGCUCGGAGGAACAUCUGCACGACGAAUUUAGUCGUUUCAAGGGCAAGCACAAUAAGAACUACGCCAGUGAUCACGAGCACGAGAAGCGUUUGAACGUGUUCCGGCAGAACCUUCGGUUCAUCCAUUCACACAACCGCGCCCAGCGGGGCUUCACGGUGGCCGUCAACCACUUGGCCGAUCGAACGGAGGACGAACUGAAGUCGCUGCGUGGGUUCCGCUCGUCCAAGGUGUACAAUGGUGGGCAACCGUUCCCGUAUAAGCCACGGGAGCACCUGGACGAUCUGCCCGACACCUGGGACUGGCGUAUAAGUGGGGCCGUGACACCGGUCAAGGAUCAGUCGGUGUGCGGUUCGUGCUGGUCGUUCGGUACGAUCGGCCACAUCGAGGGUGCGUACUUCCGGAAGACGCAAAAGUUGGUGCGCUUCUCGCAGCAAGCCCUUAUCGACUGCUCGUGGGGCUACGGUAACAACGGGUGCGAUGGUGGUGAAGACUUCCGCGCCUACCAGUGGAUCCAGGAAGUUGGCGGCGUACCGAUGGAGGACGAGUAUGGCUAUCUCGGUCAGGAUGGCUACUGCCGGGUCGAGAACACCACACUCUACGCACCGAUCACGGGCUGGGUGAACGUCACUUCCGGCGAUCCGGAUGCAUUCAAGGUGGCCCUGUUCAAGCACGGCCCCCUGUCGAUCGCAAUCGAUGCGGGUCACAAAUCGUUCAGCUUCUACUCGAACGGCGUAUACUACGAGCCGGAGUGCAAGAGCAAGCUGGACGAGCUCGACCAUGCCGUGCUGGCCGUUGGCUACGGGAAGCUAAACGGCGAGGACUACUGGCUGAUUAAGAACUCGUGGUCAAACUACUGGGGCAACGAUGGCUACGCACUAAUGGCGGUGAAAGAUAACAACUGUGGCCUCACCACCGAUGCGACGUACGUCUUGAUGUGAGGAACGGGAUAAAGUUUGAUACUUCGAUCCCAACCUCCACGUUCUACACUAGCAUUGUAAGGGUAUGAAUUCUGAAUAAUAAACCAAAACAAA